CCGCAUUGCCAAAUUUCAACCUACCUACGCUUUUUGUGGAGUUUGUGACAUUUCGCAGCUGUUGUAUCCCAGAUUAAAGAUAUUUUUCCAAGUUUUUAGUUUGGUGUUACACCAGCCGACCAACUGACUACUGUAGUAAAGUGAAAUGCAGUCUAUACGAAGUUUCUUCCGGGCUGCCUGGUCCUCUGCUGAAAGGCUGGAUGGCAAAACUGUGGUCAUAACUGGUGCAAACACUGGGAUUGGCAAAGAGACAGCCAUCGACCUGGCAAAGAGAGGGGCAAAGAUCCUCAUGGCAUGCAGGGAUCCGGAGCGAGGUCAGGCUGCUGUGAAAGAAGUGAUUGAAAACUCAGGCAACGAAAAUGUCGUUUUCAUGAAACUUGACUUGGCAGAUAGCAAGUCGAUCAGAGAAUGUGCUGAAGCCAUCAAUAAAGGAGAGCCGCAGCUCAACAUCCUCAUCAACAAUGCUGGUGUGAUGGUGUGUCCUUAUGGGAAAACUGCAGAUGGCUUUGAGAUGCAGAUUGGAGUCAAUCACUUCGGUCACUUCCUGUUUACAUAUUUAUUGAUCGACCUGAUUAAGAAGUCGGCACCAGCCAGGAUCGUCACGGUGUCCUCCAUGGCUCACUCCUGGGGCUCCAUCAACUUGGAGGACAUCAACAGCGAGAAGAGCUACGACAAGAAGGGGGCUUACUCUCAGAGCAAGCUAGCUAAUAUCCUCUUCACCCGCUCAUUGGCUAAGAGACUAGAAGGCACAGGUGUGACGGCAUAUUCGCUCCACCCCGGAGUCGUCCAGACGGAUUUAUGGCGACAUCUGAGCGGCCCUCAGGCUUUUGUCAUGAAGAUGGUCAGUCCUUUCACCAAAAACUCCUCCCAGGGAGCUCAGACGAGCAUUUACUGCGCAGUGGAACCGUCACUGGAGAAAGAGAGCGGUGGAUACUACAGCGACUGUGCUCCUGCCACCCCCUCAGCAGCCGCUCAAAACGACGAGGUGGCACAGAAGUUGUGGGAUCUGAGCUGUCAGAUGCUGUCUGUAACGUGGGAAUAAAACAACCUGGAUUUAAAAUAAAAUUGUCCAGUUUCUUUACAAUAUAUUUCACUAAUACUAUCAUCCGAGAAUGUUACAAAACAUUAUAUUAAUGAGUUACUUACAGUUACAUAUUUGUGCAGCACUUCUUGUAUUUUAAAACAUGGCACUAUUUCUCAUUAAGAGAAUAUGAAGUGUAUAAAACAACGUUUACAGUUCUCAUUUAUAGAAAAGAUCACAAUCUAAAAUAUUUUUUCUAAUGGCUUUGUAAUGGAUACUUAUAAUAUAGUAGAGUAAUUCAGAAAAUUGUAAUGAGUCAAACUACAUAGAUUUCUUCAUGUCACAAAUGUUUACUUGUAUUUCCUGGAAUUAAACACGGUUUUG